AUGGGACGGCGAAGCCGCUUGGUCAACGCAGUGUGUGCAAAGCAGCAACCAGAGAAGGCAAGGCAUGACGAUGGUCCGUUCAUCGACUACAUGUUCCGUGAAGUGGCUCGUCGGGGGCUACUGCGAGAUGAUGAGUCUGUGGCUACCUUCAGCGCCGACCCACUGUCCUUCGUUCGGCGCAUCUUGGCGUCUGACUAUGCGGCGCAAGCCACUGCCGAUCAGGCGCUGGUCCGCGAACAGCUCAUCUGGAAGAUGGUGCACAUUCUGCGUGCUAACAACAGCGCUGAUCGUGCGGCAUCCCCCAGCUGGCAGGUUGCGCGGGAGGUGUACAGGAUCCUGCGUGCUGCCAGACUGCUGAGGACCAGAGUGAGCCUGCACCUUCUUCAGAAGAACAUCCAGGAAACAGUCGACAGAAAAGAGGCCAGGAAGCAAGCGGAAACAACAUCCAAUCGCCAUAGUCGUUUGAGGGACUUCUGGCCUCAGUUCCACAACUCUUCACGCCUGGGCCAUCCGUUGGAUGUCAAGAGCUUCACUUCAAGUGAUAUCGUCUUGCCACCGCUGGUGCCCAGUCCCCUGGACAAGGCAUCAAAAAGUCUCAAGGAUCUUGAAUGGAAGACGCGAGGUGCACGCAGCCAUUGUUCUGCAGGUUCAUGGAAUUGGCUACCAGAUCUACCCGCCGCAAAAGAGACGCCGCUUAGCACGGUCAAGGAUGCUAUGGGGCGGUCGGCUUCAACUUCCAAGAUUAGCAAAGACCCGAAGCAGACCAUUUCAAAAGAUGUUUGUGGGCUGAGAAGUUUUGUGAAAGAGAAGGGAGAUAUCUUUCCAAAGCUACUUCCUGACAGUGCCACAGCAUCGCCAACAACUUUGCUGCCAAGCAUCCAAGACAGUGCGAAAGAGGCUGCCCUUCUCCACAAAGGCAAGUUCCAACGUCCAUGGCAGAGCAGCCAGUUAGCAAACCAGUCACUGUCCACGAAGCAGUACCUCAGUGCCUGCAAUCGGAAGGGGCUCUUGCCCUCCACAGAUCCUUUUGUAACAGGCCACUCUGACUGCAUCAACGCCAAGGCCCAGGGCCUGUCAGAUCGAGACCUUCUGGCGAUCUGCGAAAUGCUUGAAACAGGAUCGCAAGUGCGAGAGUUGGACUUGGAAGGCAAUGCUUCCAUUUCGGAAAAGGCCUUUUUGCACCUCUUCACUUUCUUUGCAGACUCCCACACGGCCGCGGAAGGUCAAAGACCACGCAACCGCAAUCUGCAGAAGAUGAGCCUAGCCGGAUGUCCCAACCUUGUGCAGGAUGAGCCCUUUGCAGGUCUGAUUCAGUUGCUGAGCUCUGCCAGUAUGCAUAACUUGCAGAGCCUGAACCUGGCGGGCUUGGCGAUUGGCGUCAAUUGGCAGGUUCCGCUUUGCAAGGCCAUUCGCGAGCACAGUUCCCUUAAGACACUCUCCUUGGCGGAUACGGGGCUUGGAACCAGAUCCUCAAGCGACGAGGACGACAAUACGAUGGUGUGCAUUGUGGAACUACUAAGUAGCAGAAGCAUCGUACAUCUUGACCUUAGCUGGAACUGCUUUGGUGCUCUUGGAUUCGACUUCUUGGGGCAGAAGCUGAUUGAGCUAGGUACUUUAGAAAAACUGGAGCUGGCAAACUGCUCCACAUUGUCCAAGAAGUCACCUUGGAGCUCCUCCAUGGUGUACUUGCUGGAGCAUCUCAGUGAGAAUACAUCCCUUCAACACUUGAACAUCUCGGGGAAUUACUUGGAUUUUCGCUCAGCACUUCUCCUUGAGGAUUCUCUGGAGUAUAACACGGUUCUUCAAGAAAUGGAUGUAUCACACAACGGUCUCGGCAGUUUGGGUAUUCGCUGUCUGUUGCGCCUGCUUGCCAGAAAAACAUCAGGCUUGCAGUACUUUCAUUUCGAGAACUGCAGCAAAGGAACCGUCGUUGGAGCUCGGACAGACACGCAAAUCUUCCGCGCUUCUCGACCCCAUGGGCGUUACAAGUUUGAUUUAGCACAGCCUUAUCAUCGUACCUUGCUUCGCAUGCUGUACAAGACAGCAGAGCGGCUAAAUGUUGCCUUCGACCAAACUUUCCGUGAUAUGACAGCUUCACCGGCCUACAGCCAUGCCUCCAAGAAUGCAAAUGGAAUCUAUCAGAUGCCUCAAGCUGGGUCUCUCGAGCUCACUUUUACAAUGGACAAAGUUUUGGAGGACAGAGCUGCCUCUGCAAAGGGCAGUUCAGACUCCUUGGAUUUCAGUUCGGUUCUGACAUGCCAUGCCCAUUUGUUGCGGAUCCUGCCCGGACGCUCAAAGCAGGUUGCACUCCUGUCUCAGUGGAGGCGGAUGGAAGGUAUGCGUGAAGAGCAGAGCAUCAUGAUCGAUGCUCUAUCCAAAGACUUCCGUCUCAGCUUUGCUCAAAUGGCGGUGAUGUGUCAAGACCGCGCGCAAAUUUGGGAUGUAAUGGCGUGCCUUCAGUGUACACCAUUGGAGAGCCCAUUGCAAGCCUAUUUGGGAAAUCGCCUCAUUCCCAACUCCUGCGACUAUGUCAGAAUGCUUCAGAGGUCAGCGCGCCAAUUCUCAUUCAAUGCUGACAAUCCAACUGGCCGCUACACUUUGGACAUGUCCAACCCAGUCGACUAUGGCAUUGCUGAUAGCUUGGCAAUCCUAGACAAUUGGGAAGGAAUUCUGCGCAGCCGCGAAGGUGGAAUAGAUACGUCACAGCUGGGCAACAACUCUCAUGGGCGGAAUAUUCAACAUGCAAACUGCCCCCUUCCGUGUAGCCUCACUGAUUGGAUUCUUGCUGAGAGCGAUGUCCUCGAGCUGGACUACAGCAGCUCUCAGAGGCCAAAAGUUGGUGCCGAGCCGGUGAAGGAUUCGGAGUUUGAGUUGUUGAUGGCUGCUUUGCUUCAGUUUGCACGAUCCCCUGCUCGCUGCCGGUUCCAAGCUCUAUUGCAGAUUUCCCACACGCUCUAUGUGACAUGCGUACAGCUGCGUCAAAUUGUUGAUGUGUUCAAGGACCCGAUGUCUCGUUGCGAUGCCUACACUUUAUUCUACAAUCGUGUCGUGGAUAUCCAGCUUGAGAAGCUUGUGAGGAUGAGACUUGAUGAAGAUGCAGCUCCUUCUAUGUUGCGCCGGCUAGGAUAUGCAGCAAGCUUCCCCUACGUGCAGCCGGAGCAGCUGCACAUCCACUUAAGCUUCAAGAAUUACGACGAGCGGCUUUUGAUCAGUUCUCUUCUGAAGUUAUCCGGGAAGGAGAGUCCAUCCAACCUAAAGGAUCCAGUAUUCACUUCUGGAGAGGGCACGGUGGACCCACUCACGCUCGGCGUUCCCAAGUCUUGGGAGCAGAUGUCAAACGUCCCGAAGCAUGGAGUCUUCGAGGCAGAGUACAUCUGUCGAGCAGACCAGCGCAACUUCAAGGUCAGAAAAGACCUUCUAGAACAGAACGGAAGCUGGAACAUGUCUGAUGUUGGAGAAGAAAGCGUUUUCUUCUUCAGUCUCCCCAGCAAGUUGCCUCCCGAUGUUCUUGUGCUCUUAACCUGGAUGAUAGCCACCUGCGGAGGGCUUUCCAAUGCAUUGACGCAGAUGCGGCAAGACAAGGAUGUUGACGGACAGAUGAGCAGCCGUGAAUUUGAAGAUGGAUGCAAACGAAUGGGAUUUGUAAGAUUCAAGGGACCAGGCGAGCAACAGCGUUUCCAGUCUGUAUUUCGCUUCAUUGAUGUGCGUUCCGAAGGAAAGAUUUCAACGAAGGACUGGGAGGCCCUGCAAUACGUGGAGCAGGAUCUGCAAUUUUGCAUCCGGGAGACGGUCCUGUUUUGUCGGCGCCUCUUUGGUGAUUUGCCAAACGCUUGGGCUGCCCUCAGCGACGGCACUGUCACGAUGACGCUGGAAGAAUGGCAAGAAGCCUGGGAAACAGUGGGCUAUUUUGGUUCAGUUACGCAAGUCUUCGCUUAUUUAGACAAAGAUGGCACUGGCAGUUGCAGCAACGCAGCGUUUGAACAGCUUGCAAGGCAUGAGGUGUCCUCGUUGCAGGACAUGCUGACCGGAGUGAAACAAGAGUAA